AUGAGUCGCGUUCUCCAGUCUAUCCUGCUGCUUGCCCCCUCCAUCUCAGCCGUCGCCCAGAAUCCCCUCACCGACGGUGCCACCAGCGCCUUAGCGGGAAACCCCGUCUUUCCAGGCUGGUACGCAGACCCUGAAGCACGCAUCUUCAAUAAUGAGUACUGGAUCUAUCCAACAUACUCAGCGGCCUACGAGGAACAAACUUUCUUCGACGCCUUCUCCUCCCCGGAUCUCCUGACCUGGACCAAACAUCCAUCCAUCCUUAACUUCUCCGGCAUCCCAUGGUCCACCAACCGGGCGGCGUGGGCGCCAUCCGUGGCUCGUCGCCCACGCCCCGCAAACCCUGAUUCAGAGUCAAUUGGCACUGCUGAUGCUGAGUACGAUUACUUCAUGUACUUCUCCGCCGGUGACGGCGCAGGCAUUGGCGUGGCCAAGUCGACAACGGGUCAGCCCGAAGGACCUUACGAGGAUGCCAUAGGCAAACCGCUUGUGCCGGAGACUGUUUUCGGUGCGGAAGCGAUCGAUGCACAGCUGUUUCAGGAUGACGAUGACCGAGUCUGGUUGUAUUAUGGCGGAUGGAGCCAUGCUAUCGUGGUCGAGUUGAAUGAGGACAUGGUGAGUUUGAAGGGCGCGUACCUUGAGAUUACGCCUGAGGGGUAUGUCGAGGGACCGUGGAUGUUGAAGCGGAACGGCAUCUACUACUUCAUGUAUAGUGUCGGCGGGUGA